GGUACCGUUGUUCCGACAUCUCAAAGUUUCGGUUCAUUUGGAGCUUUAACUGGGAGUGUUGUUUGUGGUGUUGUGCCCUCUGCAGCUUCGUCCAAGAAACACUUCCCUCGCAAAAUGUCUUCGUGUCGUUCACCGUCGCAAAGUCCAUCCAAGCACAUCACCGUCGUCGAUGUGUAUGACUUGGCUGCAUCGAUUGGGAAGGAUUUCGAACGAAUCAUCGAUCAGUUCGGUAAUGAUGCCGUUCGACAACUCAUGCCAAAGAUUGAGGUGAUUAAGGUGCAGUUGAUUAAGAUUGAGAUGAUUAAGGUGCAGUUGAUUAAGAUUAGGGUGAUCUCCGCUCUUGAGACGCUCGAAUCGCUCGCGAAUCAUAACGAACGCGAGAAUGAGGAAAUUGUAUCACUUCGGAAAACGGUCGAGCGACUCGAAAAUGAAAAACAAGCGAAACGACAGGACAAAGUUAAAUUUGAAAUGGUGAUUUUUUGUUGA